AUGUUGUCGUGCAAAUGUUUAAAUUUUAUUGCAGCCACUGCCAAUAACCAACAACAGCAAGGAGCACCUCCUGCCUAUUCGUUGACCGAUGCUUUUCGACAGGCUUUCCUGCAGAAAUUUCCACGAAAUUUCAUUUUCUAUUCACAAUGCAUGGAUUUUUUUAAACAGGCCAUUGGUCCAGUUUCAGACCUGACCAUUAAUUCCAUCAGUCAAAGAGAUUUAAUCUACAGUCUUACAUUGGAUAUUUCCGAAUCCGAUAAUAUACCACAAACAUGGCAGCUUAGCAUCUGUAGUAAUUGUAAUGUUGUUCUAUGUGCUAAACGUAUUUCGGAUGCGUCCAAUUCACAACAGCAACAACAACAACAGAAUACACCCGUAUACCUCAUCAAUUGUGGUCUACUUACCAACAAUGAGGAAUUAUCGCAGAAACGUGCCGACAAAUCAUUUUCCGAUACAUUUGGUAUUCUAAUAAUGGAUCAUACCAAAUCUGAAGUUCCUUCCCAAAGUCAACAACAACAGCACAGCAAUGCGCUUACAAUUGGUUCCCUCUCAACCUCGUUUGUAACUGGCAGUAGCUUAGCGAAUCAUUUGGUGGACUCGAAGCAGUUACGUUUAAGGCAAAUACAGGCUAAUUUGCAACAGCGGCUGCAACGAGAAAUUGCCGAAACCGAUGAGCGUAUUCAACGCUAUACCGAACAACAAUUUGCUUUGUUGAAAAGUUUCCGUGAGAAAUCGGAACAGGAAUAUCAAAUGUUGGUAUCGUUAAUACAAUGUAUCCCCGAACAACAGGCAAAUGAGUGGUUAGAUCGUCAACCACCAAGUCUGGAGGUUAGUAACAAUGGUGGCGCUGGCAAUUUACCCUACGGUAAUUCACGCCGGCGUAACACCAUUUCGAGUCGAAAAGACCUGAAUAGUACGGCUCCAUCGACACCUACAACUACCCAAGCACCAACAAAUAUAUUCCAGUUGAACAAAGAAAAUGUUUACAAGUCUGUUAACUCGGAAAGUGUUCCGAGCACACCAACAAGUGCCAUACCAACGACUACCACAAAAACGGGUCGAUCAUCAAUUACAGAGAUUAGUGCAAAUACAGGCUCAACAGUAGUUCCUUCAACGGCAGCCGCAGCAGCAGCAUCUUCAUCUACGUCAACAACUGUGGUUGGCGGUUCGCAACAACAACCACAACGUAAGAUGUCUAAUUUUGAUACACCUCCCGCUACCCCAGAAGCAACGCCCAUGAGUGUGGGCAAUAGUCCCACAUUCCGACAACAACAGCAGCAGCAGAAUACCUCAUUUAUAGGUCAGCAAUCGUUUCAACAGCAAUUUCCCACACCAACUGUGGAAACGGCCGACGAUUGCCUAUUUGAAUUGGAAGGUGUUGAUGCAGCAGCGACAACAACACAUCCAUCGUUAUUUUUACAAAACCCGCCUUCCCCAUUACGUCAGCAGCAACAACAAAAUGUGCCACAACAAAUACUGCCAGUCUUUAGUAGCUAUCAACAACGCACCUUAAAUUAUAGCCAACAACAACACAUGGAAAAUCAUAUGAGUGAUUUGGAUGAAAGUGAUGGUGCUGAGGAAGCUGAAGAUGCAUUGGAUUUAGAUAGCUCGAUGCCAAUAUCAAUGGCCACCCCACAAAGACGCAAUCAUACAACAAAUAGUGCAGCCGCAGCAGCAGCUGAUAUGAGUAAUUUUGCCAAAAGUCUACCAAUUGAGAUUGCAAAUUCGCCACUAGUAAAGGGUCGUAGCUAUAUACCAUUGGACUCGGAAGAUGAUGAACUGGACAAUAAUGUCGAUAUUGCAGCCAGCAUUAAGGCUUUAGCUAAAAGUGUUCAUGGCGAGGCGGUAUUUGGCGAUUUGCCAAGACCGCGUCUACGCUCACAAAUUUAAUUUUUUU